GGCCUAUGCUAAUGAGGCCGGAGAAGGAGGCCGGGGCUGCCAAGAUGGCGACGGAGCGCAGUCGCUCCCCGAUGGGGGGCUCGCCGGUGCCGGCCUCGAUGUUCGCCCCGGAGCCCGCCUCUCACGGCGGGGCAGUGGCGGCCUCUUCCAGGUUCCACCGCGGCGUCGCGGACUCGGACUGCAGCGAGGACGGCGAGGUGCUCAAUGGGGAGCCCGAGCUCGACCUCACCAGCAAGCUAGUAAUGGUGAGCCCAACAUCAGAGCAGUAUGAUAGCUUGCUGCGGCAGAUGUGGGAGAGGAUGGAUGAAGGAUGUGGGGAGACCAUCUAUGUCAUUGGACAAGGAUCAGAUGGGACUGAGUACGGGCUCAGUGAUGCAGAUAUGGAAGCAUCCUACGCCACCGUGAAGAGCAUGGCUGAGCAAAUAGAUGCAGAUGUGAUCCUCUUGCGGGAGCACCAAGAGGCAGGAGGCAAAGUGCGUGACUACCUGGUGCGGAAGCGGGUGGGUGACAACGAUUUCCUGGAGGUCAGGGUAGCUGUGGUUGGCAAUGUGGACGCAGGGAAGAGCACGCUGCUGGGCGUCCUCACCCAUGGUGAGCUGGACAAUGGACGUGGCUUUGCCCGGCAAAAGCUUUUCCGCCACAAGCACGAGAUCGAAUCGGGCCGUACUAGCAGCGUGGGCAAUGACAUAUUGGGCUUUGACAGUGAGGGCAAUGUAGUGAACAAGCCCGAUAGCCAUGGUGGAAGUCUGGAGUGGACUAAGAUUUGUGAGAAGUCAACAAAGGUCAUAACCUUCAUUGACCUGGCUGGGCACGAGAAGUACCUGAAGACUACAGUCUUUGGCAUGACUGGGCACCUACCUGACUUCUGCAUGCUAAUGGUUGGCAGCAAUGCAGGAAUUGUUGGGAUGACCAAGGAGCACCUGGGCCUUGCAUUGGCGCUCAACGUCCCAGUCUUUGUGGUGGUGACCAAGAUUGACAUGUGUCCUGCCAACAUUCUCCAAGAAACCCUGAAGCUGUUGCAACGACUUCUGAAGUCCCCAGGAUGCAGAAAGAUCCCUGUCCUGGUCCAGAGCAAAGAUGAUGUCAUCGUUACUGCCUCCAACUUCAGCUCAGAAAGGAUGUGCCCAAUAUUCCAGAUUUCCAAUGUCACCGGUGAGAACCUGGAAUUGCUUAAGAUGUUUCUCAAUCUCCUGUCUCCAAGGACCAGUUACAGGGAAGAGGAACCUGCAGAAUUCCAGAUAGAUGACACUUACUCUGUUCCAGGUGUAGGGACAGUGGUGUCUGGGACAACACUAAGAGGCCUGAUCAAGUUAAAUGACACCUUGCUGCUCGGCCCAGACCCUCUGGGUAACUUCUUGCCCAUUGCUGUGAAGUCCAUCCACCGCAAGCGCAUGCCCGUCAAAGAGGUUCGAGGAGGACAGACUGCCUCCUUUGCUCUGAAGAAGAUCAAGCGCUCCUCUAUCCGGAAAGGCAUGGUGAUGGUGUCUCCCCGAUUAAAUCCUCAAGCGUCUUGGGAAUUUGAAGCUGAGAUUCUGGUUCUGCAUCAUCCUACCACCAUCAGUCCACGUUAUCAGGCGAUGGUGCAUUGUGGCAGCAUCCGCCAGACAGCCACUAUCCUCAGUAUGGACAAAGACUGUCUACGCACAGGAGACAAGGCGACCGUGCACUUCCGCUUCAUCAAGACCCCGGAGUACCUGCACAUAGACCAGCGGCUGGUUUUCCGUGAAGGGCGUACCAAAGCUGUGGGUACCAUCACCAAGUUACUCCAGACCACAAAUAACUCUCCAAUGAACUCCAAGCCUCAGCAGAUCAAGAUGCAGUCCACAAAAAAGGGGCCCCUGACCAAGCGAGAGGAAGGGGGAGCCCAGGCUGGCAUGGCGACGGCGAGUCCCACAGUGGCAGAUGACGCGGUUUCGCUGGGAGCAGCCCCCUCAGCACCUUCGAGUGCCCAACAGCCUCAGCCUGCCCUGGAUGAAGAGCCCCACAACCGAGAGGGCAGCAAGGUGAAGACUGGAGGAGGUGGCCGCCGACGUGGAGGGCAGCGCCAUAAAGUGAAGUCUCAAGGGGCUAUUGUGACUCCUGCUGGUGGCUGCUGAACAUCGUUUUUAAUCACUGCGGAAUUCGCACCCUCCCCUUCUUCAACCCAAAAACCCAGAGCAGCCUAACCAAAAUCCAUCCCAGCUGAUCUGCUACUGUGGAACUUCUCCUCCUCCUCCCCUCCUGGAGAGGAGCCACCGGGGGGACACAGGGUUUACAGUUUAAGCUAACGAAGGUGACAAAAGCACACGUGGGACUGACCAGCUGCCGCCUUCUCCCUUUUUACCCCCCCCCCCGCCCAAACAUUUUGUACAUCGUGAGCUCUUAGUCAUGAUUUUUUAUUAGUUUUUAUUAUGGUGGAUGUUUGUGUGUGGUAUGCGUGCGGAUGAAGAAUCGGGAGGAUCUAGGUAUACAGAGUAAAGUAACUGCCUCCUCUUCCCCACCCUGUCAUAUAUAUAUUUUUGAAACUGACCCUGUGUCUGUGGUCUGCAAUCAAGAAUUCCUGAAAUCCCAUUCAUACAAGUAUGAAUAUGCUAGUUGGUUCGGAAGAGGUAGGAAUUCCCCCCCUUUCACACCAGUCAAACUGCGUGAGCCCUGGGCGGCCUCCUUUAGUUUAAAGUACCAAUGCCUGCAAUUGGUAAUCGACAUGAAGGAACACACACACACACACACACACACACUCCAGCAGCAUCCCAAAAGCUGGAUUGAUAUGAGAUCCUAGAUCUCAUAAUUAUGCACUUGUAAGCUUACUUUAAAAGCGAGACUUGUGGGAGGAGGUGGAGCAGGCCACAAAAGCACUGGUGGCUUUGGUGUAAAGUCAACAAAUUGAUUUCACACAAUCCUUUUUGGGCCUUGUGUUCAAAACCUACUAUUUUUCUUGAAGUCAGUCAUGGGUGCCUGCAUAUUCUGAACCCUGCCAUAUCUGGUUUUCUAACCAGCUACGUCAGAUUGGGGAAAGGGAGAGACAUUGCAAGUUGGCUUCUUCGGACUCACCCAUUUCUUCCCUGUGGUAUCUAGGUGUAUCUUUAAAGGCAGUGUUUCCUUCCCCUCCUCAAGAACUGACACUGUCAGUGGGCGACUUCUCCCUGCAUAUUUGUGUAAUGCAAGAAUUCAUUUCUCCUCAUUAGGGAAAUGGGUGUUGCUGCCUGUAAGUGGGCAUGGGCCUCUUAGUGUCUAGAAGCCAGCUUGCACCCCUCAUUUCAGCCUCUCCUCAGAAUCAUAACUGUCGUGGGUUUAGACACACUCACUGUGUAAAAGCAGGAAGAGGUUUACCGGAGCCAGCUCUGAGCUGUGCUUUUAAAUUUGGACACAUGUUCAGGAUUUUAUAACUUUGAUACACAUUUGCUGCUUCUUUUUGAGGCACUUAUUCUGAAUUGACUUUUAACUGGCAUCAUGUUUUUGUUUAAAAACAAAAACCAGGUUUGUAGUUCACUGGUUUGUAGCUUUUAAAGUCUCUCCCCAUGUCUCUCAUAUUGCUGUCUGCAACAUCAUCCUAACAUUUUUGAAUGGCUGGAGUUUCCCGGAAGCUAAGAGUGAACACUGAUGAGUGGGUAGGCAUGGCUUAUGGUCUACUUUCUUGCCUCAAACUUUGUGGGCAGCAUCCUAAGCAGUGACAGUAUUAAUAGCACCCUUGGGGAGAGAAUGGAGCGUGCUGUGGCUAAAGGAAGACGGCAGCCUGUAUCACUUGGUGCCUUGGGCGCCCGGUAGCGACAUCCACCUCAUGGCCUUCUAUUUCCAAGGGAAGUGGAGACCUUGGUGUGGUGUCCUUUUUAUUUUUUCUUCUCCUUUCAUUCCUUAGUUCUGAAAGAGGAAUGUGCAGUGCUGAAGUUUUCAUUAUAAAAAAAAAAGCCACAUGGUGCUGUGUUCUGUUUUGUGACCAGCAUUUAAAGACUACUGAGGCUGGCAUGAUGUAAUAAUAAUAAUAAAAAGAAAGGUUUGUUUAAAGUUUUAAAAUUAAAUGGCUUUGAUGUUUCAGUUCUUACAACUGUAGAGGGAAUGAAGCAGUGACUGUGUUGGUACCUCUGAAUCUGCAUGUGUCAGAGGGGAGGCUUAGAUGUUUUCAAGCAGGCAUCAUGCAAAGCUGAAGCUACUCCUUGAGAUCAGGGCUGGCUGCUCUCCUGGGCUAGGAACACACCUUGGUUUUUGUGCCUAGUCAGGGGUGUCAGUAGUGCUGACCACAAGAGAAGGGUCAUUUUGCUCACUGUAUGCAAAAUGAGCCCCUACUUUCAUUAUAUAUAUUUUUUGCUAUUAUUGACAAGAGUACAAAACUUUAAGGAGGGAGGUAGUUUAUCAGUGUAAUAUUCAGGUGAACAGCAUCUACAUAUUCCAGUGCACGUGAACUUUGUACCCUCUGGUGUUGGCAAUAGGUAUUUUACAUUUUCCCCUUAUUUUUUCUCCAAGCAGCUCAAGGUUGGGGAGCAGUGUACACUAUGACACUAUGAAGUAGGUGAGGUGCAGAGACCAAAGGUCACUUGGUAAGCUUUAUAUGGCCAUGUGGGGGUUUGAACCAGUGUCUUCCCCAGUCCUAGUCCUUAUCUGACAUUCUAACCACUGCAUUUCAAUCAUGCUAGCUCCCGUCUGCUGAAUUCCUGCUAUUCGUGCAGCUGUUAAAGGCAAAGCAAUAAAAGUUGGCAACCGGGCAGUAUACCAGUGAACUUCAGCACCUAAGCACAAGCCGAAAGGUAUUGCCAAAUUUUUAAUAGGAGGAAAGGGCUUCUCUCUUAAUAGUGACACAUGGGGAAACGUCAUUAGUUGUAGCAUCCUCCCUCCUUGUGAGAAGGUGCAUCUGCUGAACUUAAUUUAGUAAAUAUGUUGGAAUGGUAGGUUUUAAUUUUUUACACUUCUGUUUUCAGUACUUGUACCCUGCUCUUAUAAGUGGAGCGGUUUUCAGAGUGGCUUAAAUUGUACUUUAAACUUAAGUAGCAAAAUAUAUUGAAUGGUAGUUUGCAAUGGACCAGGAGGCAAUGCAGUUGGAACUCAGCUGUCCCACUUGCUUAUUUAUUGCAUUUUUAUAGUGUUUAAAUUACCAAAGUCUCCCAAGUUAGUGGUCUGCAGUAGUUGCAAAAUACAACUAUGUUGGAAAGGGGCUAGAACCCGCAAACGUCUCUGCAGUCGUGAACCCUGUUCUGUUUCCCAUCUAGGCACAGAUAAGAGAGCCAGGCUUUUGUUCGAUUCAUCAAAAUUGCUGCAAUUAAAAAUAAGGGCAUUG